UCUAUAAAAAUGGUGGCUUUAUUAACAAACAGAGACGCACUCCAAAGCUAACGUUGCUUUCUUCCCACUCCAAAAUGGCUCUUCUGUAAUUCUUUUGCCUCUCUCACACACUCUUACGAAGUAGAAGAAGCUUACAAAACUAAAUUCCCCAUUUUGGAAUUUUCCGAGUCGAACGAUUUUAAAACUCCAAAAAGAAGCAGCUUAACUCGUUGAUCAAGUCGGUCGGUUCUGGUUUUCUCUGAAUUUUAACUCGGUUAUUUCCGGUUUAAUCUUUAUUUUUUUUCCCGAUUAUGGAUCUGACCGGAGGGUUUGGACCUAGAUCCGGCGUUGGCCCGGUUACCGACGAUGAAUUUCGCCAAUUGGUGACGACGAUGCCUCCGGAGAAUACUGGCGGCUCUUUCACGGCUUUGCUUGAGAUGCCUGUGACUCAAGCCAUGGAGCUUCUCCAUUUCGCAGAUUCAUCGUCUUCUCAGGCCAACAUUACCAAACUCGCCGGAGAUAAUAUCGCUCCUCCUCAUGACCCUUUCGGGACUUUGACUUUCCCUUCCAACUCCCUUCUCUUGGACCGCGCCGCUCGUUUCUCGGUGAUUGCUACUGAGCAAAACGGAUAUAUCUCCUCCGCCGAUACUCCGAGCUCAAGCGCGAAUCUUGACGGAGGAGUCAAGGCUGAGCCUUCUGAGACUGAUUCAUUUUCGGAGAAUCAGAAUUCGAAACACAACAAGAGGAAAGAACGCGAGAAGAAGGGUAAAAGCUCGAUGAAGAAGACGAAGAGCUCCGUAGAGGAAGACAAGUUGCCGUAUGUUCACGUUAGAGCUCGUCGUGGUCAAGCUACUGAUAACCAUAGCUUAGCAGAGCGAGCAAGAAGAGAGAAGAUAAACGCACGAAUGAAGCUGUUACAGGAACUGGUCCCAGGCUGUGAUAAGAUUCAGGGAACUGCAUUGGUUCUAGAUGAAAUCAUUAACCAUGUGCAGUCUUUACAGCGUCAAGUGGAGAUGCUAUCUAUGAGACUUGCGGCAGUAAACCCCAGAACUGACUUCAAUCUCGACACCAUAUUGGCUUCAGAAAGCGGCUCUCUUAUGGAUGGUACCUUCAAUGGAGAGUCUUAUCAUCAGCUGCAACAAUGGCCUUACGAUGGCUAUCAUCAGCCGGAAUGGGGAAGAGAAGAAGAUCAUCAUCAAGAUUUCUCAAAUCAGGUGAAAAUGGAGCUCUAAGUUGGAAACACUUUGACAUGCUUGUGUAUAUAUAUAAGACGUAGAAGAAGAUGGUUAUGGUUGUUUCAGGUCUCUCUGUUCAUGGCCUUUCUAUAGUAUAUAUAUAAUUUACUAGUUUCCUCAAUGUAGAAUUAAUGUUUCCCUUAAAGAGAAGUGUAUAUGAAGAAGAUUUGAUA